UUCACUGUAUAAUGCAGCUAAUGAGAAACCAGAAGGUUCAAGCAAUGGCGGAGAAUGCAGUGGUGCCGGAGGAGCUGCCCGAGCUGACUCCGCCUUUUAGCAUUGAGGACAUCGGCGCUGGAGUCCUAGGACUGACUGCAAUGCUCGAUGCGGGUGACGGGAGCGAGAGCUUGGAUAACAGCUUCGUGUUCGACAUUGACCAAAGCGUGCUCGUUGAUCCUCGCUGCAUCAUGCUCGAGAAAAUGAUCGGAGAAGGGGCUAGCUCCAUUGUCUACGAAGGAUCGUACAAGUUGCGUCCUGUUGCUGUGAAGAUUAUUCAGCCAUGCAAUACAUCAGCUGUGACUCGUGAACAUAAAGAGAAAUUUCAGAGGGAGGUUACGCUGUUAUCCAGGACGAACCAUGAAAAUAUUGUGAAGUUUGUUGGGGCAGUUGUUGAACCAUCUCUGAUGAUGCUCACCGAAAACCUGAAAGGUGGAACACUUCAGAAGUUCUUGUGGAACAUGCGUCCCAUGCAGUUAGAUCUGAAGCUUUCCUUGAGCUUUGCAUUGGAUAUAUCUCAAGCUAUGGAGCACUUGCAUGCAAAUGGAAUCAUUCAUCGUGACCUGAAGCCAAGAAAUAUACUUCUGACAGAUGACCAGAAGAAGAUUAAGCUGGCAGACUUUGGACUAGCUAGAGAGGAGAUAAAGGGCGGUAUGACUUGUGAGGCUGGUACAUACCGAUGGAUGGCUCCUGAGCUUUUGAGCAAAGAACCACUCCUUGUUGGAGAGAAGAAACAUUAUGACCACAAAGUGGAUGUCUACAGCUUUGCAAUUGUUUUCUGGGAGCUGCUGACAAACAAGGCUCCAUUCCAUGGGAAAAUUAAUAUACUGGUAGCGUAUGCUGCAUUUAAAAACGUAAGGCCAAGCCUGGAAAAUAUUCCAGAAGAGAUUGCUCCACUGUUGCAGUCCUGUUGGGCAGAGGACCCAAAGCUUCGCCCAGAAUUCAAAGAAAUAUCGGAGUCAAUACGCGAACUCAUCCACUAUUUCUUCCCACCAGAGCCCACACCUGAAACCUUCUCCGAGACUGAACCAUCCACUCACGACAGCACCAUUGUCAUUCCAGACGAAGAAGAAGAAGAAGAAGAAGAAGUUGUUGAGAAUGCCCCUCCCAUGAACAACCCUGAAUCGACUCGGGUCCAGGUUCAAGACAAGCGCAAGAAGAGCAUCAAGAGAACUCUUUCCUCUAUUUUCAAGCGCUUUCGUGGUUGCGUGACCGGCCGAUAGGCCGAAUGUGUAUAUAUACAUACAUAUAUAUAUAUAUAUACAUACUCAGACGUUUUGGUUUUGGUUUGAAAUGCAUUGAAGGGCUGCUACUGUGAGCCUCAGGGAUUGGAAAGUGAAAUGUAGAGGAUGAAAGGGAGAAUUAUUUAGCAAUAAAAGAUUAGAAAGAGAUAGGAAGGUGAUAGAAGGCGAAGGCAAAGGGAAAUGAGGAAGAACUGGAAUUUUUUUGGUGGGAAACAAGUUCUUUGAUUAGUUGUAUUCUUCCUUGCUCAUUUUUCACCCUUCUUGGGUGAUCAUUAUGGACUCCAAUAUUUCUGCUAAUACCUCUUGUAUU